AUGAUGAUGAUGAUGAUGAUAAUUGUUGAUUUGAUAAAAAAUCUAGACAAAAAUAACAGCCUGUUUUUUUGGUCACAAUUUGAACGACCAUUUCGACAUACUGGCCAGCAAAUUUUCGUAACGACCAUUUCGACUCAAACAAAUGUUUUCCUAUUUCCUAUUUUGCAUUUGUUUUCGUUUUUUUCGUUUCAAAUAAAUGUGAAAAAAAAUCUAAAUUCCAAAAUGAAUAAAAAUCAACCUUUAACAUCAGUUAAUCUGUCCGAAAAAGAAUGGACUGUAAAAGAAAAGUUGGCCUUAUUAUCCGGUGUUAAAAAAUAUGGUCCAAAAAUUCUCAAAAAUCCAGAACUAGCAGUGAGGUUGCGUGAUUUUGGAAAGGAUCGUCCAUAUGAUUGGUUCAAUACAGAAAAUUGUAUUGAAAUGUAUGAAAAAACAUUUAAAGAAUUGCGAAGUGAUGAUAUCGACAAAUGUAUCGAAGAACUCGAACAAAAACGUUUGAAAGAAUUGAGAAUAUCAAUGGUAAAUCUUUCUAAAAGGUUUCAGAUAAUUAGAAAACACAAAGAAAUAAUCAAGCAAAGAGAAGCUACAAAUAUUGAUCCGAUUGCUCCAGAAUUCGAAAACAAUAAGCUCACUACGACAAUUGUUCCAGUUGUGUCUGAAAUUCAAAAUCGAAAUGAAAAACCAAUUGAAGUUGAAUCGAAAUUACAAAUUGAUAAUGUUCUGGAUAUGGAACAAAAUGAAAAUCAAUCAUCAUUAUCUAACGUUGAUGUUAAUGUGGAUGAAAAAAUUGAUUCCAAUGAUGAUAAAAAGAAUGAUUCCGAUCAAGAAAGAAUCAUGAUGGAAUCUGAUGAGAAAGAAAGAAUCCAAUCUGUUGAUGUUGAAAAUCUUGAAUCUACUGAGGAUCAAAAAAUGCUGUCCAAUGAAGAUGAAAAAAUUGAUUCGAAUGAAGAUGAAAUGAUAGAAUCUGUUGAAGAUGAAAAUAUAGAAUCGAUUGAAAGUCAACAAAUUCAAUCCGGUGAUAAAGAAAUCUUGCCAAAUGAAGAUGAAAAGAUUCAAUCUGUUGAAGUUGAAAAUCUUGAACCAGUUGACGAAAUGGAUGAACAGCAAAUAUCAAGCACAAAUAUUGAAUCAGAUGAUGUCGAAUUGGAAGCCAUAAAUACUGAAGCUAAUGACGAUGCUGAUAUCCAACAUACAACAGAUUCGCCAGUUGAAAAAGCCAUGUUGGAAGAUGAUGAUGAUGAUAACAUUAAGUCAACGGAAACAAUCAUUGCUGAAAAAAUCGAAAAAGUUUCUGAUGUAGCAAAAUUAAACGAUGAUAUUACAUCGCUAGUGGUGAGAAAAGAAUCGAUAACUUAUUCAAAUAGACAUAAAAAUGUAAAACUUGAACGAAAUGUUCAACAAUCAUCGGAAUCAACAAGAAGAAUUACACGAUCUAUAAGUCGUUGUCGUCGAUCGAUUCAAAUGGAAGACUUGGAUUUAAAAACGGAAAUUUCUCAAAAUGUCUCAAAAACUGUAAACAUUAUAGAUCAAAAUAAUUCAUCCACUAGCAACGAUAAAUCAACAACGGUGAUUGAAAAACAAAUUAAUCAACAGCCGGUAAAGUCACAUGGUGAUGAUGAUGAUGAUGAUAACAAACAGCAGCAACCAAAAGAAAUCUUAAAAGAUUCGAAACUUGAAAUUUCAAAUGUCUCAGAAUCUGUAAGCUUUGAGGAUCAAAAUAAUUCAUCCACUAGCAAUGAUAAACCAACAACGGUGAUUGAAAAACAAACUAAACAACAGCCGUCAAAGUCACAUGAUGAUAAUGAUAAUAAUAACAAACAGCAGCAACCAAAAGGAAUUUCAAAAGAAUCAAAGAAAGAAAAAUCUCAAUCCAAAGAUGUCGAAGAAUUUAAUAUUAUCACUCGAUCAGCUAGUAAAAAAAUUGCUGAAAAAGCCAAAUCACCAUCAGUUGGGAGUAUCAUACAAACUAGAUCAAAUGAUCAAUCGAAAUGUUUGACAAUUGAACAAAAAACGAAAGAAAAAUCACCGACAACAACAACAACCACAACAACACCGGUUUUGGUAACGAAAAAACUUGACAUUAUAAUGGCCAAAAAAUUGACAAGUAUUGUAAAAUCUAUUGAAAAACAUGAUUAUUUUGAUUAUAUUCAACGAUCACAUUCAUCAUUGUCAUCAUUGGUUAAGGAUGCAAUUAAAAAACCAAUCAAUAUGGAAAAUAUAAUGAACCGUAUUAAUGAUGGACAAAUUGAUUCGGAAAUUAAAUUGAAAAAUGAAAUACUGUCAUUGGUUCUUAAUUAUCAAAUCUUGCAAAAUCCAGAUGAUUCGGUAAAUAUGAAAAAAUUCAAUGGAUUUUUAUUCUAUUUGGAAAAUAAAUUUACUAAUAAUAAUAAUAAUACUACUACGAUCACCAGUACCAGCAACAGCAACGGUAAAAAGAACAACAACAAAAACAGAACUAAUAAUGAUGUCAAACAUCAAACUUUUCGUACUAAUCGUCGUAAAUCAAUUCAAUAAUGAUUACAUAUUUUUUUCAAUAUAUGAUCUUUAUCAUCGACCACAACAAAACAAGAAUCGAUAGUUUCGAUUCGAAAUUUGUUUUUUUUUCACAUUUCAUUUCAAAUUUCAUACAAAAAAAGACCAUUGCCAUUUUGUUAAUUAUACACACACACACACACACAUCGAUAUUUUCCAUCAGACAUUUUUUCUUUUUUUUUCGUCUUUAUCUUCAAAAAGUUUGAUUGAGAAAAUGAAUAAAAACUUAAUAUUUUGACGUUCAAAUGCAAUAGUCAAUGUACAACGAUGAUAUGAC